AUGAAGUGGAGCGUCCGCGGGGCCUGCGCCGCGCUCUCCUCCUGCCUCCUGCUCGCCUGCGCGCUCAGUGCCGCCGCCGUCGGCCUCAAGUGCUUCUCGCUGGGCUCGGAGCUGCGCGGGGAGCCGUUCCGGCUGGGGGCGGCCGCCGGCGCCUUCUACUCGGGGCUGCUGCUGGCCGCCGGCCUCUCGCUGCUCGGCGCCGCCCUGCUCUGCUGCGGGCCCCGGGACGCCGCCCUCGCGGGGCCGGGCCCGGGCCCGGCGCUCGGGGUCCCCGCGGCCCCAGGAGGGGCUCCGGAGGCCGCGCCGGGCGAGCCGGGGCGCGCAGCCGGGCCCUCGGGGCGGGUGAGCAGCCAGAACCUGCUCCUGCUCGGCGUCCUCGUCUUCAUGCUCGGGGUCCUCAGCGCCUUCGCGGGCGCCGUGAUCGACGGCGACACCGUGUCCCUAGUGGAACGCAAGUACUCCCACUACUGCCUGCCCCCGCGCGCGCCGGCCGCGGCCCCCGGCCCGGCCCCCGGCGCGCCGCGCGGCCGCAGCACCCUGGACAGCGCCACGCCCGCCAAGUGCCGCCAGCUGAAGGACUACCAGCGCGGCCUGGUGCUUUCCACCGUCUUCAACUCGCUCGAGUGCCUCCUGGGCCUGCUCAGCCUCCUGCUGGUCAAGAACUACAAGGCCUCGCAGGCCCGGCGCGGCCGGCGCGGCCGGCGGAAGGGAGGCCGGGCCCUGGCGCGGCCCCGCGGCGGCCCGGGCUUCCGUGCGCAGCCGCCAGCCUCCCGGGCGCGGCGGGGCCGACGGGGCCGGCGGGGGCGGAGGCUGCUGCAGCAGCGGCCGAGCGAAGCUUCCAUCCUGUCCCCGGAGGAGUCGGACUUGGCCGCCCCGGGGGACUGCGCGGGCUUCGCGGCGCGCCACGCGGUCUCCUACAUCAACGUGGGCGUCUUCCACGCGUUUGACGAGGCGGGCGUGGAGGUGUGCUGCGGGGGGCACCCGUCUGUGGAGCUGCCGGGGUACGCGCCCUCGGACCCCGACCUCAACGCCUCCUACCCCUACUGCUGCCGGCCGCCCUGCGAGGCGGGGCGGCCCUGGGAGCCGAGCCGGGCCUGCUGA